UAUAAACAAAGCGUUAACGAUUCGCAAUUCAGUAGCUUCGUGUAACUUAAUAAUUUUGAAAAAGUCAUGUCUUCAUAGUCAAAGCAUUAAUGUUUUUAAAAAUUUAAAUUUUUUAAAGGUUUCUAGUAAUUCGUUUAAAUUUAAAUUUUCACCCUGCUCAUGUUCUGUGACUUGUCUUCUGUUUAGUUCCUCCUCUGAUGACAGCAGAACAAAAAAAGGCGCGCCGAAUACACACAACAAAGAUGUCAAAUCACUAGAUUCAUUAAUUCAACCGGUUGUCAUCAAACCAUACAACGACAUUGAUGGCAUAAAUAUUGGGGAAGAAUUGUCUGGCAAAAUUUCAAAAGACUCUAUGUUAAAAGUUCUAAAUGAAUUCUAUGCUAGGCCUGCCGUGAGGGAAUUAGCAGAUGAAUGUGGACUGGAUGGCAAUCUCUUCCACAAGGCCUACGUGGGAUUUCGAAGAUUCUGCAUGGAAUCCGAGCGACUGCCCACUGAUCUGCAUAUUGUCAUCAGUGACAUUGUAAGGAAAUCAGGUCAUGUUGAUGAUAUCUUCCCAUAUUUUCUGAGGCAUGGAAAGACAAUGUAUCCACAUCUUGAUUGCAUGGAAGACCUCAAGAAAAUCAGUGACCUCAGGCAGCCUGCCAAUUGGUACCCAGAGGCACGAUCGAAACAGAGGAAAAUAAUUUAUCACGCCGGUCCAACAAACAGUGGAAAAACUUAUCAUGCACUUGAAAGAUUCAUGUCAGCCAGUUCAGGCGUGUACUGUGGACCCCUGAGGAUGCUUGCAACCGAAAUCUUCAAAAAAACCAAUGCCGCCGGCCACCAGUGUGAUCUUGUUACUGGUGAAGAGAGGAGGUACAUGUCAGAGGGUGGGGAGCCAUCAAGUCACGUGGCAUGUACCGUCGAGAUGACCAACAUUGCUGUCAAGUAUGAGGUUGCGGUGAUUGACGAGAUUCAGAUGGUGAGGGACCUGCAGAGGGGAUGGGCCUGGACAAGAGCUUUCCUCGGUACCUGUGCCGAUGAGGUGCACGUGUGUGGUGAGGAGUCGGGCAUCAACCUCAUCAAGGAGUUGUCCGUGGUCACGGGGGACGUCUUCGAGGUGCGCCGGUACAAGAGGCUCACUAACCUCAAGAUUGCUUCUAGGGGUGUUGAUAACUUUGACAGAGUGAAACCCGGCGACUGCAUUGUUUGUUUUGGCAAGAAUGACAUCUACAACGUCAGCAAGCAGUUGGAGAAGAGGGGUGUCGAAGUGGCGGUCAUAUAUGGCACUCUUCCCCCUGGCACGAAAAUAGCUCAAGCGGAAAAGUUCAAUGACCCAAACAACAGGUGCAAGGUGAUGGUUGCCACCGACGCCAUAGGCAUGGGACUCAACCUAAACAUCAAAAGAGUUGUUUUCUAUUCUCUGAUGAAGCCGUCAUUGAACUCCGAUGGAGAGAAGGAAAUAGACAUCAUCCCCACAACGACUGCACUACAAAUUGCUGGAAGGGCUGGAAGAUUCUCCACUGAGUUCUCAGAAGGAGAGGUGACGACGUUCAAAUCGCAGGACCUCCCAAUACUUAAGAGGCUUCUCAAUUCAGCUGUUGAACCCAUACAGCAAGCAGGUCUUCAUCCGACAGCUGAACAGAUCGAAUUGUUUGCCUUCCAUCUGCCCAAAGCUACCUUAUCAAACCUAAUAGACAUAUUCGUGAAGCUGUGCCAAGUGGACAACGACAAGUACUUCAUGUGCAACGUCGAUGACUUCAAAUUCCUGGCUGACAUGAUUGAACACGUCCCACUCGACCUGAGGACUCGUUACGUCUUCUGUUGUGCUCCCAUACCAAAGAAACAACCGUUCGUCUGCUCUGUCUUCCUCAAGUUUGCUCGGCAGUUCAGUAAGGGCAUGGGUCUGACGAUGGAGUGGCUCUGCAGGCAGGUCGGUUGGCCCUUCAGACCCCCUCAGACAAUUAUGGACCUGGUUCAUCUCGAAGGAGUCUUCGAUGUUCUUGACCUAUAUUUGUGGCUCAGCUACCGGUUUCCGAACAUGUUUCCAGAUGUGGAGCAGGUGCGUGACAUGCAGAAGGAACUGGACCAGGUCAUCCAAGCGGGCAUCGUCAACAUAGUCAGGUUGCUCGAAGGCACUGAAAGCAGCGUGGCUGACAAUGAAGAUGAGUUUGAAAUCGCCAGUAAAAUUAACAGAAGAUCGUCAAGCAAGACUAACUUUCCAAUAUCAACUCUCCUGUCGGAACAAGAGCAAGAUAGCACCAUAAACCAACUUCCGCAGUCGCUAUCAUCUAGAUUUCAAAAUGCGAAAGCUGAAAAAUCGGAGUUUGACAAAAAAUUAGCAUCUGCUUUAAAAAAUUUAAGCGCUAAACCCGGCCAAAAAAUUUCAGACCAGUUAAUAAAAUACGGAUUAUUAAAUAAAAAUAUUCUGGACAAACUUCAAGAAGAAUUGAAAAGCCAAUAUACGGACAAAAACAACGACUGUGCAACCAAAUUUGACAACAAUAACAUCAAUAAAGGAAACAAAAGUGGCAACAACAAAGGGGGAUAACUUUUUUAUUUGUUUUUUUUUCUAAUAUUUUUUUUUCAUAUAAUAAAUUGUCGUCUAAAUUUCGCA